CCAGCAUCUGCAGCCCGUCUCCUGACCCAAAGUUCAGGCUGCUGCUCCAACAUAGUGCCACUCAGAGGAGGGCUCCACACCUGCCCCACCCCGCCCUGCCCCGGCCGGCGCCGCGCACCUAAAGCGCCGCCCUGGCAGUGGGGCUGGACGGAAGAGACCCUACGCGGGCCGGCCGCUCGCCGCGCAUGCUCCUUCCUGCGCGCUGCCCUCCCCGGCCCCGCCUCCGCGGCUGCCGCCCGUGAACGGUUGGGAUUUGAAUCUGCCGCGGGUUGCAGCCGGAAGUAUCGAUCCUUCAGCCAGGCAUGGAGAUCUCCUGCCCCGGUGCGCGGUGCCCGGUGCAAGAGCAGCGUGCCCGCUGGGAGCGGAAACGCGCCUGCACCGCCCGGGAGCUGCUAGAGACCGAGUGGCGCUACCAAGAACAGCUGGGGCUGGUGGCCACGUACUUUUUGGGGAUCCUGAAAGCCAAGGGGACCCUGCGACCACCUGAGCGCCAGGCCCUGUUUGGCUCCUGGGAGCUCAUCUACGGCGCCAGCCAGGAGCUGCUUCCCUACCUGGAAGGAGGAUGCUGGGGCCAAGGGCUGGAGGGCUUCUGCCGCCACUUGGAGCUCUAUAACCAAUUUGCUGCCAACUCAGAGAGGUCCCAGACCACCCUGCAGGAGCAGCUAAAGAAAAAUAAAGGUUUCCGGAGGUUUGUACGGCUUCAGGAAGGCCGCCCUGAGUUUGGGGGCCUUCAGCUCCAGGACCUGCUCCCUCUGCCUCUGCAGCGGCUCCAGCAGUAUGAGAAUCUCGUUGUUGCUUUGGCUGAAAACACAGGUCCCAACAGCCCUGACCAUCAACAGCUCACACGCGCUGCCCGACUGAUAAGUGAGACUGCCCAGAGAGUCCACACUAUUGGUCAGAAACAGAAGAAUGACCAGCACCUUCGGCGUGUCCAGGCUCUGCUCAGUGGACGUCAGGCAAAGGGGCUGACCUCAGGGCGCUGGUUCCUACGCCAGGGCUGGCUGUUGGUGGUGCCUCCCCAUGGGGAGCCUCGGCCCCGCAUGUUCUUCCUCUUCACUGAUGUGCUCCUCAUGGCCAAGCCUCGACCUCCACUGCACCUGCUGCGGAGUGGCACCUUUGCCUGCAAGGCCCUCUACCCCAUGACCCAGUGUCAUCUCAGCAGGGUCUUUGGCCACUCAGGAGGCCCUUGUGGUGGGUUGCUCAGUCUCCAUGGAAACAGCAAGGGCUUCAGCUUUGGCCUGGACCUUUCUGAGCCAUGCGCUAAGAGGUGGUCUCUCUCUAGCUGUCCUUCCCUCAUGAGAAGCUACUGCUUAUGUCCACAGACCAGGAGGAGCUGUCACGCUGGUACCACAGUCUGACUUGGGCUAUCAGCAGCCAGAAAAACUAGAGGAAUCUUACAGAUUCCAGAACUCAGGAUACCUCAGGGAUAGGUCACAGCCAGGAGUACAAAGGAAAUCUUCUUCAGUACUGAACAGAACAGAACCCUUCAUGAUUUGACAAAAGUCACUUUGUGUUUGCCUGGACCAAGCUACUCCAGAUCAUCUGACCAACUCUUAAAAAUCACGGCCAGGCACAGUGGCUCAUGCCUGUAAUUCCAGCACUUUGGGAAGCAGAGGUGGGAGGAUCCUUCGAGCCCAGGAGUUCAAGACCAGCCUGGGCAACACAGUGAGUGAGAUCCUGUCUCUAUUUAAGAAAAAAUAAUAAAGAAAUUUUAUUAAAAAAGAAGAAUCAGGAAACCAAGUCCAACCCAACUGAACCUCAACCGAACCAGCCCCUAACACAGAUGAGGGGAUUUGGGACUGAUAAGCUCUGUGCUGUGUCCAUGGCCCGUCAUUUGUCAAGGUUGCAGCUUUGUAAAUGUGGCUAUUUUUAUGUUGUGUAUAGUUUCUAUCAUUUAUUUUUCCACUGGAUUUGAGUAAAGUCUUUUUCUUUUUUUUUCGGGAAAGACGCUUCUGUCUCAGUUUUGCUAUGAGAAAAGGGAUUUUUGGGCCCUGAACACGGGCAUGCUGGUGGCCUCAGGAAUACAAGGAAAAGAGCUGGAGCUCCCUCUAUCUUCUCUGCUGUCACACUGGAAGGCAGCCUCUUUUUGUCCUAAUAAGGACAGCUCUUCAAGAAGGCCCAGUUGUCCUUAGGCACCUAGUAUGGGUGUGUACAACCAACUAGGAUGGAAAAAACACACAGGAGCACUCCAUCAAAAAACAGACUUUCUUUUACUCAACCUUCAGCUAUCGUCCCUCCUUCCCGGCCAAGGCUGUGACUGGGGCCCUUUGCCACAGCCUGGCUGCACCUUCUCCGUAGCCCCCACUCCACCUCCCAGGAAGUAGCUAGGUUCCAUGUCUCUGUGCUCCAGUUUGUGGGCUCCUCCCAGGCCUGACUGUCACCAACCUCCUCCUCGUCCUCCUUUAAACAGAAGUCCUCAGGAAGAGGUCUGCUGGCUUCUGUGUGGGGAGAGAUCAGGAAUGUUCCAGUUUCAGAGACUUUGUCUCCACCUCCAGCAGACUCGCCUCCCAAGCCUUCACCUGGUUCUGAAGCCUCUAUAUCCUUGUCCGGCUUGCUAUCUUGCAGCAGCUCGUGGAUGGUCCGUAGCUUCAUGUUCAGAAGCUCCUGCUGGGCUCCAGCCAGAGUAGUCACACUGAAGAAAUGUCCACUCAGCGGCUCCCAACCUAUGUCCCCAUUCCUCCCUCCUGCCACAAAUUCCCCUAAAAUUCACAGAAUCAUUGCUCUCCUCACCGCUCAAAAAGGGGGUCCAGCUGGGCCAUCAGGUUGUUCAGGUGCUGCUCUGUCUGGGCCAGCUGUUGUGUCAACUGGGCCAGCUGUUGCUCUGGGGAUAAGGGAAAAAAGGGGGCAGAAGUGGUUACGUAUCUUCUGCUGUCCCCUUAACUCCCCCCACCCAGGACAGACUUCUGCUAAACCCACCUGACUGCACUGGCUGCUGCUUGCUUGCCUCCUCGUGGAGAACCGCAGUUUCAUCUUUCCCCUGUUGUGGAAGAAGGAAAGGGCAGUACUGAAGCAACAAGGUUCUGCUCCAUCACCUCAGUCUCCAGAGCCAGCCAAGAGAGAGUGCAAUUUGAGGUGGAGACAGUGAUUGGGUUUUUACCUCAGAGAAUCACAAUCCUAGUCUAUCUAGCUCCUCACCCAGCACAUGAAGCAACAUGUCCUAUGUCCCACACACGGUCAUUCAGUUUGCUGAAACACCUCCAGGAAUAAACAACUCUAUCCGGUUUGAAAAAAGCUCUGGUGGCUGGGUGUGGUGGCUCACACCUGUAAUCUAGCACUUCGGGAGGCCAAGGGCCUCCUUCCCAAGGAGAACAUGAGACCACUUCAUAUCUGGAACUCUAGAAACACUGGCUUCAGCAAUCAACCUCCUGUGCCAAGGUUGGCCCCACUCUUGUAGCAUGGACACUGCUAGCUGGGUUCAAAUCCCAGCUCCAGCAGUUGCCAGCGCUGGGUGACCUCGAGCAAGUGACUACUCUUAACUGGAUUGUAGGAGAACUAAAUGUGAUGGUCAUUAUUUACAGUUCACCACACACUCUUCACAUCCGUUACCUCCCUGGAUUCUCAAAAUAACUUCAUUAAUAUUGGAAGGCCAA